CAGUACAGAAGGUGGGACAUAGACGAUAUACAGAACAGUCCAUGAGAGAUUUCUAAGUACAAAAGAAGUGAAUCGAUCAUCGUCUGAAAUUACUCUGACAGAAACUUCAGUUCUUACACCCAGACAGACCUGAACAGCGAAUAAGCGAUGCGUGACUGAUGGCAUAGAAGACCGUGACUCCAGUCUCUCUGCUUCUGUGCAGGUUUCUAAACACUUUUAUAGUCGCAAUGAAAUAUCGUGUCAUUGGGCAUUUGGUCUCCUGACAACUAAAGAAAAGGAAGGGGAUUGGAUGAAGUGUCUGUUAUUUCGACAGUGACGAGCUGACAAAUGGCGAUAUCCCGUGCAGGAUGCCGAACUUGGCUGGCGGUGGUGCUCGUAUCAGCCACGGUCCGCUUGAGCACCACCGGACUCCUGGACUGGGGGCGCUCCGACCGCCUGCAAGUCAACAUUCCGUGGCUUCCGUUUGAGAAUGAGACCCGGUGUUAUGAAGAGCUGGGCUGUCUAAAUGUCACACGAGAAUGGUAUCACCUCAUAUACCGCCCAUUUAAUGUGUUCCCUCUACCAAGACAAGUUAUUGAUACAAGAUUUGUACUCUACACAAGGAAAAAUCCUACAGAAGGCCAAGUAUUGAGGGCGCAGAAUGAUCAAACAAUAAGCAAAUCCAACUUUGAUCCCAGGAAAGAAACUAAAUUCAUAAUUCAUGGAUUUAUUGACACACCACUCAGCAACUGGGUCAAGGAGAUGCGGAAGGAACUCCUUAAGCAUGCGGAUUGGAAUAUUGUGGCAGUAGACUGGGCUGGUGGCUCCUUGCCAUUGUACACUCAGGCAACAGCAAACACUAGACUUGUUGGCCUUGAAUUGGCAUACUUGGUCAACCAUCUACAGGCAAAUUUUGGCUUGAACCCAGCAGAUGUACACAUGAUAGGCCACAGUCUUGGAGCCCAUACAGCAGGUUAUGCUGGGGAGCGCAUAAGAGGCCUGGGACGCAUAACAGGUCUGGACCCUGCAGAACCAUACUUCCAAGGGAUGCCAUCAUUUGUACGUCUUGACCCCACCGAUGCAAAAUUUGUUGAUGUUAUUCACACUGAUGGAAAAUCAAUCUUCCUUUUAGGUUAUGGAAUGCGGCAGCCAUGUGGCCAUGUUGACUUCUAUCCAAAUAAUGGCAAAGAGCAACCUGGUUGUGAUCUGACUGAAACUCCAUUGCCACUCACACUGAUACGGGAUGGCAUUGAAGAGGCUAGUAGAGUACUUGUUGCUUGUAAUCAUAUCCGAGCCAUCAAACUCUUCACAGAUUCCAUCAAUUCCAAGUGCCCUUAUGUGGCUCAUCAUUGUGACUCUUAUCAGCACUUCCUGCAGGGUCGCUGUUUCUCCUGUCAUAGUUCUAAUGUCAGUGAGUGUGCACUGAUGGGAUUGAGAGCAAAUGAAACUCUAAAUAAUGCCCUUGAGAAUGGUGAACUCACUCCUGGAGGAAAAUAUUUCAUCACUACAGGAAAAGAUUUUCCAUUCUGCCGUCGUCAUUACAAAGUGACAGUGGAUUUGGCAAAACCACCACGAGCUGAAAACUGGGUUCAAGGCUUCAUGAGAAUAUCUCUACAUAGUGAAACAGGGGUUAUUCGAAACCUGGAUCUCACGCCUAGUGGUUAUGUUAAGCUGCAACAUGGGCAGUCACGCAGCUUUGUGGUGACACAUAGUACUGAUGUAGGAAAGGUCCGCAAGGUGGAGUUUUAUUGGGAGUAUGACAUGGAUGUUCUGCAGCCACGCUCACUCUGCUUCUUUUGGUGCAAUGAUCAUCUCUACGUUUCAAAUAUUCAGGUUGAAGAGAUGGAUGUUGCAACAAGAGGGAAGAGGGCAACUACAGAUAUAAUGAGCAAACUUUGCAGUCCUGGGAAUCGGGAAUAUGCUGAUAUUGCUUCAAGAUCAUCUGCAUCAUUCACAGAUAAUUGUCCAUAGUGUAACUGGAUGUUUCUCUUUGUGAUCUAUUCAGUGAAGUUGAUUUUCAGACAUUACAAAGAAACUUUGAAUAAUAAGUGGCGUCAAUUUAUCAUUUCACGCAGGAAAGAUUCGUUCUCAACUUGGUUGCAAUUGACAACCAAUAUCUUGGCUGUGCAUAGGCAAUGGACGUUGAAUUUACAACGUUCUUUCCUAGUAUUCAUAAUGCUCUUCUCAGGUUCAGAAGCUCAGUUUCCAUGAAGAGCACAAAUUGGUAUGGGUAGUUCUAGUCCAGCUACUGACCUCCAUUUCAUCAGUCAGAUGAUUUGUAUAGACUAGGUUAGUCCUUCAUGACAAUAGACCUGUUGACACAAUGCAAACCGACAGCUGAUAACAGACACAUGAAGGAAAAUAUAAACAGCAGGAAUUAUGGUGUAAUGAAAAAUUAUGAUUACUAGAGCUAGGAUUUUUAUGGAGUUUCAUUGUGUAAAAUAUGUACAUAAUUACGUAACAAAAACUUCUGUAUUAUGUGGUAAUGUAAAAUAUGUGGAUUCAUUAAAAUAUGUAACAUCACAUAAAAGUAAUAUUUACUUUUGCAAGCUACCUUUAUUUACAAUCUUUUGGUACAAUCAUUGAUGUUUCCACAAUACACAAUUAGAAUCUUUUUCAUGUUUUCUGGUAUCACUGAUUUUCUUUUAUCUGAUAGAAUGUGUUUUUAGGCUUAAAAUGACCUUUCUACAUCACAAGAUGUCACUGGCGCAUAUUUUAACAGAGGAAUUUUCUAAGGAGCAAUGUCUUCAGGGGAAUCUACAUCAUCUCCAUUAAGUACCUGACAGACACUGUUGAAUGUCAAAAAUACAUUUUUUUUAACACCAGCUGCUACUUGGUGGACACCUUUUUACCAGUACCCCCUUUCACAAAACAGUGUAGGCACUUUCCGGUUUAAAAUGCAAGUAAAGAAAAAUGUCAUGAAAUAUGUAGUUUUGUGUAACAUCCAAUUAAAUAUGUAGGAAAUGCCAGAAUAUAUAAAAAUAUGUAGAAUAAAAUUCAUCUGUAGCAAUGCUAAUGCCGCAAUUUGUGGAGAUUAUUAUUCCUUGAUCAUCUACAUAGUAAGAAAUAAAAUAUGUAUUUACAUAAAAAUCCUAGCUCUAGCUGUUAACAAGUACAGUGGAACCCCAAUUUAAGGGUCCUUUGGUAAGCAGUGGAUUUGGACACUAAACUGAGGAAAAUCAUGAAUGGAGUAAAUUUAACACUGGGUUUAUUGACUUAGUGUCAUUGAAACUGGCUGUUAAAUGAAGGAAAAACUUAAAUUGAGGACCAUUACCAAGCAUGUUGGCUCAGGCAGUAAUGUUUCCUGCUUGUACUUGGGAGGUGUAUAAUUGAAGUCUCAUCUGGGACACCAUCUAACUUGGAUGGGGUUUCUGUAGUCGUUCUGAGUCCCUCCAGGCAAAUGUCAAAAUACUACCUUUAAAUAGGCCAUGACUACUUUCUUUCUGUAACUCAUCAUUCUUCUCUCAUCUUACCAUUUGACACAAAACAGUGUGAACUCCUGGAAGUGCCAUUAAAUAAACUUGAAACCGAGGAACAUUCAAUGGGGAUUCCACUGUAACACUUGAAGAAUAGUUCUACAGGAGAACCGAUUUCUGGAAACUUUAGUACACAAAACUGUUGUUUCAUCCUUUCAUUUUACAAUCUAACAGCAGUAAUUCUCAAGUCAUUUUCAGCCGUACCCACCCACAAACAAGGUAGUGGCUGUGUGGUUUAUAGAUGAUUUUAUUUAUUUUUAACGUAGUUUAUGAAGGUGAAUGUAUUUGUAAAAGUAUUUUGCGAAAACUACAAUAAAUUCA